UAGACAACCUAGGAACACGCAUAUACGCUCUGUAUGUUCCUAGAAGAUAACUGGGAACUCGUAAAAAAUACGAACUCAGACUGGGAAAAAUAUUUUUGAACGGUCAUCCAACUUGGUGUUCCAAGUCGGAAACGCGAACAUCUUUCUAGAGCUCCGACAUUCCGACCUGAAUAUAAACGAUGUCAGAGUUUGACCACUUUUUUUUUUCUCUCUCGAGUUACCAGUUGUCUUGAAAGCACCAUGAUAUCCUGAUAGGAAACAAAUAACAUAGCAAGGUUAGUGUUUAACGGAGAACUUGUUCUGUCAUAAUGAAACAAAAUAGGAUCUAAAGGAAAUGGGAGUCAAAGACGUCAUCCCUCUGGUGUCUCCUCGUCCUAAACCCUCACCGGCCCUCUCCUCCCUCCAGGAGACCGAGAUGAAACCCUCUCAGCCCCCCGGACACCUGUCCAACCCCAACACUUACCCCCUGCCCAAACGGGUGCUACCCUUGACCAGCCCCGAACUGGUCGAACUCAGGGCGAAGCCCGCUCCUGGCCUGCCUCCUCACCCUCCCCACCUGCCAGGGGUACACCACCGAGCCUCCGGGGUUGGAGGUGGGGGUGAAGCAAAGGAUGGCCCGGCCAACUUUACAAACACCCUAAUCAGGGAAAUCCAGCAUUCCCACAGCCCUGUGACCCCUAACCCCUAUAGGGGCAAGACCUUUAACACUAGGGGUGGUAUGGGAAAGGACAACCCACUGUCGCCCUCCUCCCUUCCCCCAUGCAGAGUCAGUGCCCCCAGCAGAAGGAGGGACUAUGGAGCGGUGCUGAGGGAAGACAUGAACAAGAAACUCAAGGUUGGAUCCAGUGAUGUUGGGAGCUCUAGACCGCCGUUCCCUGUUGCCCAGCUCCGCAGGCUCUCUGUGCCCCCAACCGUUACCUCCAGACCGGGGCAGAGCAGCCAGCCGCUACCUUCCCCUUACGUGGACCUCCAGAGCCCGGGGAGUAGCCCGCCAGAGCGCAGGCACCACUUCUCCCAGAAGCUCUCGCAGUCUCUCCAGUCUAUCCGCCAGUACAAAGUAGGAGGAGACGGGAAGGAGAGUACGAUGAUUCUUGGUGGUCCACUGUCACCCACCACGUGCAUCCCUGUCAAUCCACAGCAGAGUCGUGGUUCCCUGGACCACAGAGGAACCACUCCCUCUAACAAGCGGUUCACUCCAGGAGGCACCAGAUCCCUGUCUCUGAAGAGACUCAGACACCCAGACUUGGAGGAGAAAAACGGAGGAAGAGGAGAGGACAUGGCUAAUAAGAGACUUCGUCCAGAGGACUAUAUCCCAGGCCCUAUCAGUACCUGGCACCCACCCGAUGGAACAGCCAGUUCUAAGAUGUCCACCAGCCCCAACCCAUCCUACCUGAAGAAAGUCUUCAUGAAGAACAAUCUGAGCUCAAGUCCUACUCUAAGGUUGAAGAAGAGUCUCACCCCUAAGAAGACAGAGGAAGGGAUGGCGAGAGACAGGAGGACUGUCCCUACCUAUCCACUCUCCACACCCAAACCUGCGAGGAAGCGCUGCACCGGCCAUGGAAAGACGCCAUGCUGCAAUAGUGUGAGGGAGAACGGCAACCCUCAGGCUGGAUACAGGAGAAUGAAUCACCAAUCUGGCAACACUCAAUCUUUUUACAGUGGUAGAUGUCCUCAAACAGGCAACCGCUACAGCCAAUCUGGCAACCCAGCCAACCUGCCAGUCACAAUCCAUAGUAGAGGAGAAUGCAGUAGAGCUAAAGAGACCAGAGAGCGAGAGAGUGGAGGAAGAGAACCGACAGUUCGCCCCGACGGGAGAACCCCCAAACCCGACUCAAAAUCUCCUAGUUCUCGGCGCCAUCACGCAUUGGAAAAGAAGCGACACGUCUCUCGCCCACGGAGAACGUCUGCCUUGCCGGAUGACCUGAAUGACCUUUUCACCCCUGACCCCAUAACCUCUAGCCUGUCUAGAGCAGCGAUUACCUUUUCCCCUAGUCCCCAGAGAGGAGACAGGUCGCCCUCUGUACACAACAAGGUUCCUCUGUCUGUUGUGUUGGCUACUGUCAGUGAUGCUAGUAUGGGACCGGGGUCCCCCUAUGUAACAAGCCCUAGAGAAAUCCCCCCAAGAUCCCGCUCACAGCGAAUCCCAUGUCCCAAGAUCUCUUCCUGUAAGGACACUGCAAUGGACCCCUGUAAGCUACUCCUGGACCCCAAAAUCUACUCCUCCUUUGUAAGGCUGGAGUUGAGCAGGAAUGACUUGACUAAACUAGAGAGCGGCUUGUACAGAGCCAUCACCAGCACUGUAUCUUCCUCAGGGAAGCCCCCUAAGGAUGUCACCUCAGGACUGAAAACAAGAUCUUCUAGUAUUGCUUCAGCAGAGUUGGUGUCACCUAUGAAUGAGAAUGCCUACCUCAAGACAGAGUCCUCCGUUCUGAAAACUAUCCCCCUCUCAGCCUCUGCAAAGUCUUCAUCCUCAUGUAAGGACAAGUCAUUUAGCUUGGAGACGGCAGACCUCAAAACCAGUCCAUCCUCAACCCUGGACCGACAUGGACAAGGAAAGGAGGGUGACAAGAGGAAGGAAGGAGACCAGAAGGUCCAUAAGAUUGUAUCGUUCCUUGAGGAAGGAGAACAAAGAAGCAACAAGAACAAUUCCCGUAAGAGUCUGGAGGAGGACCCUCUGGAUGUGGAGUUUAGCCUAGGCCUCGACCUGAGCCUGGGGCUAGAGUUGGCGCUAUCCCAGAACAGCAGCAGCAGUGACGAAGACCAGCUGCCGUCCCUGCAUCAGAUCCUGGACCGUACCGCCCGGCCCCCAGACACCCCAGAAAAAGGAACCAUCCCUGUACCCAGCAUCCCCGUUGGACUCCCACACCACAGCCAACCAGCUUCUUCAUCUAAAGCGAAACACACCAGUUACAGGAACAACCUGGAUGAGAUGCUGAAGGAAAAGGAGAGCAUUCAAAGGUCUAAGGAGAUGGAAGCCAAGCUGCAUCUCUCCUGUAAGGAGAAACUGCUGAGAUUGGCUGAGGAAGAGGAGGAGGAGAACAUUGAGGAGGCUAUCUCACUGCAGCAAAAGGAUUUCCUGCAGCGUUUCUCGGUGUUGUCUAGUGCCAUCCAGGACCUGCACCCCGGGGAAGCGGUGUUCAGCCUGGACAACUUUGGCCGUCUCUUCAGCCAACACACACUGCAGCUGAGACGCUGUAACGUCACCCCGUGUGACACCACACAGAAAACAAUCCUCUGGUCCUCUCCAGACCAGUUCAGGACCCAGGUCAGUUCCCAGCUGUUCCAGAGAGCCUACUGCUCCUCCCCCUGUCCUCCCCAGGUGACCCGCUGGCUCUUCCAGAUGAUGUCAGUCCACUCAGACAGGCUGACCUGUCAUCAGGUACUACAGGCCCUUGGAGAUAUUGCCUGCUCCGCUGCUGAACACAUGGUGCUGAAUAAGAGUGAGAGGUUUGAGGUGUGGGUGCCCAGUAUUGGAGACAUGACCCUGGUCUUCAUGAACAUGGGGGUUCCCUUCGUCACCCUUUUCCCCCUGGAGAACCUACAACCCCCCUUCACUGAGGGAGACCUGAUAGAGGGCCUCCAGAUCAGCACAGAGAGCCUGUCCAGCAAGAAGGAGCUCAGAACUUUCCCUGAACACAACUUUGACUAUGUCGUCAAGUACAUGUGUCAUUGUACGUCGUUGUGCCCGCGGGUCUACAGUGACCGAGACCUGCUGUUACUCCUGACGGUGGUGAGCAGAGUGGGCCUGGACACGCAGCUCGCCCUCCAGCCCACUGAGCACCUCCGCUCCCUACUGCACAACCUGGUCAACAGCAUAAGGGACUUGGACAUCAUGCUGCCCAGGAUCUGCAUGUCGCUGAUUGCCCUGACUGAGGACCACCACAACCUGCGCUGGCUGGUUGAGCUCCUGCCAGACAGCAUGCGCGGCAAGCAACUCAGGAGACACCUCAGUGUGUUGGCCAUCUCCAAGCUGCUGAACAACAGAUGCACUUACAUUCCCUCCAACACAGAGUUCCAGCUGUCAGACCUGC